AGGAGCUAGCUUGACUUGGCUGGGGGGGUCAGCAGCCAUCAGAGCUACCAGCAGCCAGGGUCUGCAGCGCCGCAAAAAUGAAAGCUGUGGAUUAAUUUCCGUGUUUUUAUCGCCUCGGACACAGCGGGACUUUGUCCCGGACAUAUUCGUGUUCAGUCGUUUCCAGCACCGGAGGAACCCUGCGGGAUAAACCGACAGGCUAGUGGGCCUGGUCGUCGUGGCCCAGCAGCACUCGAGUGAAGUUGGGAGCGGACUGCCCAAACUUCUGCUUCCUCCAGCUUCCGUCCGCGGGGCCCGGGGCUCCUGUCACCGGCCCUGUGGAUGAGGGAGUGAGUCCGGAUCAAACCAGCCCGCAGGAGAAAAGGAUUCCUUGGAUGGAAGAGUCCUCUGUCCGGGCCUCCUGGGUGAAUCGCCGUGCCAUGAUGGAUGAGCAGGAGGCCCUGAACUCCAUCAUGCAGGACUUGGCCGAGCUUCACCGAUCCAGCCGUCCUGCCGCCUUCCUGGCCGAGCUGGGGAAACCCAAAGCCUCCUCGCCUAAGAACCAGAACGAUGUGAGAGUGAAGUUUGAGUUUAAAGGAGAGAAGAGGAUCCUGCAGUUCCCCCGCCCCCUAAAGCUGGACGACCUGAAGAGCAAAGCCAGGGUGGCCUUCGGUCAGGCCAUGGAGCUCCACUACACCAACAACGAGCUGGUGAUCCCCCUGAAGACGCAGGACGACCUGGACAAGGCCGUGGAGCUGCUGGAUCGCAGCGUUCACAUGAAGAGCCUGAAGAUCCUGCUGGUGCUGCAGAACGUUUCCUCCAACAUGGACCUGCUGCCGUCCCAUGAAGAGCUGGACAACACCGACUUCAGAGCUCUGACUGGCUCCCACUCCACAGAUCGCAGCUCUCCUCCUCCGGGCUACAUCCCUGACGCCCUGCAGCAGGUGGCGAGGAACGGCUCCUUCACCAGCAUCAACAGCGAGGGGGAGUUCAUUCCCGAGAGCAUGGACCAGAUGUUGGACCCGCUAUCGAUGAGCAGUCCAGAGAACUCUGCGUCUGGCAGCUGUCCCUCGUUGGACAGCCCGUUGGACAGCGAUUAUCCCAAGUCCAGGAUGCCCCGGGCGCAGAGUUACCCGGACAACCACCAGGACUUUCCAGAGUACGACCUCCCGGUGUUUGAGAAGUCGGGGAAAGGCGGGACGUAUCCGCGGCGAUACGGCAUCCCCUUCGGCCUGCAGGACUACAGCGACGGGAGGAAGACGUUCCCCCGGGCGCGGCGGACGCAGGUCCACGGCUUCCGCUCUCCGGUCAGUUUCAGCCCCACGGAGCAGUCUCCCAGCACCAGCAGCGGCAGCAGCGUCUUCACCCCCGACCUGGAGGAGGCCCCGGGCCCCGGCAGGAGGCGGAGGGGCAGCGACAUCGACCCCAACCCCGCCGCCACCCCGACGCUGUCCGUCAUGGACAUCAGCCCCCCCAGCCGCUCUCCGCGCGCCCCCACCAACUGGAGGAUGGGGAAGCUCCUGGGCCAGGGCGCCUUCGGCCGCGUCUACCUCUGCUACGACGCCGACACCGGGCGGGAGCUGGCCGUCAAACAGGUCCAGUUUGACCCCGAGAGCCCAGAGACCAGCAAGGAGGUGAGCGCCUUGGAGUGUGAGAUCCAGCUGCUGAAGAACCUUUGCCACGAGCGCAUCGUCCAGUACUACGGCUGCCUGCGGGACAGCCUGGAGCGGACGCUCUCCAUCUUCAUGGAGCACAUGCCUGGAGGCUCCAUCAAGGACCAGCUGAAGUCUUACGGCGCGCUGACGGAAAACGUGACGCGGCGCUACACCCGGCAGAUCCUGGAGGGCGUGUCCUACCUGCACAGCAACAUGAUCGUCCACAGGGACAUCAAAGGGGCCAACAUCCUCCGGGACUCUGUGGGAAACGUGAAGCUGGGGGACUUCGGGGCCAGCCGCCGGCUGCAGACCAUCUGCCUGUCAGGAACGGGCAUCAAGUCGGUGACGGGGACGCCGUACUGGAUGAGUCCGGAGGUGAUCAGUGGCGAAGGAUACGGCAGGAAAGCCGACAUCUGGAGCGUCGGCUGCACCGUUGUAGAGAUGUUGACUCAGCGGCCGCCGUGGGCGGAGUUUGAGGCCAUGGCGGCCAUCUUUAAGAUCGCCACCCAGCCCACCAACCCGGUGCUGCCCCCCCAGGUGUCGGACCACUGCAGAGAGUUUCUCAAACGGAUCUUUGUGGAGACCAAGCAGCGUCCGUCUGCAGAUGAGCUGCUGAGGCACAUCUUUGUACAUAAAUCCUGAACACUGAAGCCCCGCCCACCCGCAGAGCUGCCAAACUAGGCCUUACCUGAGGCCACGCCCCCCCCCCCCCCCCCCCCCCCCCCGCCUUCCAGCCUGGAGCGGGAAGGACCGGCCGGGCUCUCCUCUUGGCGACCACAGAGAGCCCGAUCUUAUUAGUUUCUUCCCUCGACGACGUUGCACCUUAAUUUCUCAGUGGAGAGGUCGAGCUCUUCCUCCUGACGACACCGCGGUACGCCCCCCCCCCCUCGAGAUCGGUACAUGUUGGUGUUGCGGACCUGAACCCGACCCCAGAAUGUAAUCUCCUCCCAGAACCCAGAGCGGCGCCGAUGACCCACUUCUACACACUCCCACAAACGUGUCUGUCCUCCGUCUUCGCCGUGUGCCUUUUCUGUUUCCAGUGGCAGCGUAGGGAACCAGCACUUCCUGUUCCCACCAAAUUAAAAGCAUCCAGAUUGAGCUUUGAAACAUCAGCACGUUUCACUGCGUUCAUGCGCCGACUGUUUCUGAGCAGCCAAUCAGAUUCUGGGUGUGUGUUUUUUUUUUUUUUGUCCCCAGCAGAUUACGGUACGUAUGAAUAGGUAGUAGAGUCUCUUUGGGCCACUAGGUGGCAGCAGCGAGAGGAUAAUUUAAAGCACUUAAAGGUAGUGGUGGGUGUGGGAAUCUGAGGCUCCACCACCAGGAGGCGCUGUGGGCGACCCACUGAAGCUUUCUGCCCGUUUCCUCAGCGGCUGUCGCUGAAGCAGCUUCACAGACCUUUUCUUUGCACAUUUUAAACACUGUUUCCCUGUACGUGUGUGUGUGUGUGUGUGUACGUGUGUGUGUUGAGUCACCUCUGCUGAAUGUAAUGUGUCAUUUUUACCUCCAGGGGGCCUCGCUCUCCACAGUGGUUGAACUCUUUAUUAACAGUAUUUGUCUGCUUCAGAUACACAAACAGUUCUCUCUUUAGCCACUGCUGCCGCUCCUGGGUGUGUGUGUGUGUGUGUGUGUGUGUGUGUGUUCUGAUCUGCAGAGGGUGAGAACGUUAAAAUAUUAAUGAAAAUGUACAGAUGUGUAAAAUAAAAAAUGUCCCUCUUUGUUUUUAAACAGUCCUCUCGUCCCCCCUCCCCCUCCCGUUGCGUCUCCAUGUAUGUAAAAGAAGCCAUGUUUAUAAUUCUGAUUGGUUUGUGACCAAUACGCCUGUUUAUAUGAGAUCUGUAUAUCAGUGGUACGCAUAAUUUUUUUAAUAUAUAUUUUUUAUUUUCUUUUUAUUUUGAAUGGGAGAAUUUCUGCAUGGUUGGGUCUUUGAGACGGACGCAGCAGUGCCAUUGAAUGGUUUGCUGAUUUUUAGUCACAUUCUGGAGUAUUGAGACCAGCUCUGUGUUCAGAAUUAUGACGAAAACGAUUAAAGAUAUUUAUUUCACAGCAA